UAAGAAUGCAAUUUAUUAAAAUAUUUCAACAGAAAUCUUAACAAAUUUUCACAAGAACGACUCAGUUUUCUUUCUUGUGUACUAAAUGUUUUGCUUUUCUUUUAUUCUCAGCAAUCAUCACGUCCAAUCAUUACAUUUUCUUCAGUCAUACUGCCAUCUGUGGGAAUCAGGAACUCCGAGCUCAAUUCCCGGGUUGCCAGGUUAUGCAAAGCUGCACAGCCAGAGAAAACUAUAGGGGGUUAGGAAAACAUCAGAUGUGAUGCAGUCACAGACCACAAAAGGGGAUGUAAAGAAAAAAUGAUAAAAAGAGGCAUAAUGUUUAGGUGCUCACAGUAUUGAAAUAUGAAUUUAUCCAGGGUUUCCUUUCUCAACUGAAAAGUCCUCAUCUGUGGCAAUAGUCCGUUCAUACAGCAUCCUGUUUGGCUGGUGUGGCCAUAACAGGUGCUGGUCUGUAUGUAGGUUUCACCACAAUAUUAUUGUAAUGCUGCCAUCCUCCGUGUUAGAUCUUCACGUCCAGGAAGGAUAGACGUCUGUUUCCUGGCGCCUCCAGAGUCUCAGGAGGAUUAGUUCUUCUUUGUCCUUGUUUUCAUUUUUUGGUUUGUCUUCCUCAUCCUCCAAAAUGUGAGUCUGCUUCAAGUUUAUAGAAAAAAUUGGAUCUUGUAAUUAACCCUAAAAAAGUGAGGGUGUGUCUCCUCCUGUAAGGUUUGUGGUCGAUGUGCCAGUUAAUUGUCUUUGUGAAUUUUUUUAUUUUGAGAGCUUUUUUUCUUUUAGGCGCUGGUAACUGUACUGUACAGUUUUACAGGUGUUAGUAGAAUGAAAAAUCAUGUGAAGCGUUGGAAGCAGAGUCUCUAUUCCUCCAGAAGGUGGCGUAAGAGAGUGGAAGGAGCUUUGUCAGAAGAAAAGCUUGUACCAGAAAGAGGGAAGGAGGUGAUGAAGGAAAUCCCGACAUGAUCUGAGGAGGUGGAGCUUGAUCAGAGGCAGAAACUCGGUGGAGAACUUGGGGUUGGAGUCUGGUCAGAAACUAAAAACCUUAAAUGAUGUGGACAUGUUUGUGGAUUCAGAUCUUCAUCGUUUUGCAAAAGAUCUUAAAACUGUAUGGGUGAUGAAGCAGCAUCACAGGUUGUAGGAAAGCAUCUGAAUGUCAGUCUGUUUUUAUUUUCAUCUCUCUGCUCAUCAGCAGGUGUUUGCACACCGUUGCAAGGCAAAAAUAGACUUUCAGAGAAGGAAUGCAGAAAUGUUUGGUUAGUUGGCUUGUGGGAGGGGCUAAACCUUAUUUAGGGGGAACUUUGGUCACAUUAGUGGUAACAAACUCUUGCAGUAGGGAUUUCUGUAUUCUGUCUUUUGUUUGGAACCAAUAAAAUCCCUCUUUUAAAAUUUUACAUUUUUGGCAGUUUUAGUGUCUUUUUAAAAGAAGGAAGAAGAAAAACAACUCCGUCACAAUCUAGUUCAGUUCAGUGGAACUGUAAUUUAUCAAGUUUGUGCUGCUGUUAACUACAAAAGAUAUAGGUGUGGACUCUCACUUCUGUUUUCAGCUUCUGGAGAUGACAACAAAAAAUAAAGAAGUUUUUAUCAAUGCUACAUUUUAAAAGUUGAAUAAAAUCUCAAUUAAAGACCUUAAACAGAAAAUAAGACUGAAAUGGGACAUAAAAUCCCCUAUUGGAUAUGGAGAGGAGGUGUCAUGGUUUGGCUUUCUUUGUAUGAGUUUUUGCUUUCCGUCUUGUUUGUGUCAUGUUUGAGUUCUGUUUCCUGUUUUAUUUUGAAAGGUUUACUGUUAUGUCAUGGUUUUGCGUUUUACUUCCCUAUUCCCAAUAUCUCCUGAUCAUGUUCACCUGUGUCUUGUCAGUGCUGUUUGUAUUUAAGUCUUUUCUCUGCCUUCCUCUUGUGCUGGUCCAUUAACGUCUCUUCCCUGACUCCCUUCUCUACCAUGUGUUCAUGCUAUGCCCACAGUAAGUUUAGUUUAGUUUUCCUGCUCUGCAGCGCUUUUUUUUAGUUGAAUAAAUCCCUUGCCCUGGAACUGUGUGCCUCCCGUCUCUGUGUUUUGAGUCCUUCGUGCUUACCAGCCCUCCCCAACCUGACAGAAGGACAGUGAAUACUGACAAUAGUAGGUGAGAAGGAGAUGAAGAGGAAAAGGGAAAGGAGACACAGAAGGGCCAAAAAGGUGCGUGGCAAUAACAUCAGGACACCCUGUCAUAGUGUUCCAAAUGCAUAAAUAGCAGAUUAUCACUUUUUUUCAGAUAUUCCUUUCUCGGAUGGACUUGUUUUUAUUCUAAAACUAGGUGGAUUUCAAACCAAAGGUUUUGCAUCCUUGGUGUAACUGUAUUUGUUAAUUGAAAGCUUUCUUUACCUUUUCUGACAGCACAUAGAGGUCAGUACAGUAUGAUUAUCCCAAACCUGAAGGGGAAAUUGCAAUGAUUUAGUCAAAGGUGGUGAAACGGGAUCCUAGACAAUUUAUCUUUCCCACUGUUUGUCCUCUGUGGGUAAUUUAAGAUGACCUAUUGUUGUGCCACAGACGCGUAAAAACGCGCACAUGGGAGGGGGUGAACCCUCAAAGAUCACAUGAACAAAGUGAAGAUUCUAUGUUGUUUCUCCGGUUCCAAAAAUAAAAAAAACUUACAGAAGUACAAGCUUUGUGGCAAGCUCCCGUGAAGAUCCUCCUGGAGUCGCCUUUGCUCCAAACUGAUUUUGUUGCACCCCCCCCAGUAGUCGCUCUCCUCACGCGCGCACACACGCACACUUCCGGCAGGUUGCGCUAAAAGCGCGCAUCUCUGCGAACUACUCGGCCCUCUUCCGUGCGGGUGAGCCUCUUGCCAGCAGCCGUGGAGCUGGGAUCGGAGCGGUGCUCGCAGCGGAUGGAUCGCGCAGAUCUCUGCGAUGUUUUAACCGCGACGACCGACAGCACGAGCGGGAUGGAGCUAUAAUGGGAUGGAUUUGAAUAUGGGCAAAUGGACAGGCAUGCAAGCCCAUCACUUUGGUCUGGCUCUCAUUCUGUUACUCCUGAUCUUCAAGCCUUCAGCCUGUAACAACCAAAACACUCAUAAACCACCUCAGGAUGGAUUCAACUUCAGCUUCACUCAAGCGGUCUACCAUGCCACAAUUUAUGAAAACUCUGCUGCACGUACCUAUGCCAACAGUAAAAUUAAAAUGGGCAUUACACUGGAUAAGCGCUUCUUGGAUAUACGAUACAGAAUCGUCUCAGGAGAUGAAGAAGGUUUUUUCAAAGCGGAGGAGUAUGUACUUGGUGACUUUUGUUUUCUGCGCAUAAGAACUAAGGGAGGCAAUUCAGCCAUCUUGAACCGAGAGAUUCAGAGUAACUACGUAUUGACAGUGAAAGCCUUCGUCAAGGGAGAAGUCUUUCUGGAGGCCUGGACUAAAGUGAGCGUCCAAGUCUUGGAUAUGAAUGACCUUCGACCAUUGUUCUCCCCCACUACGUAUUCUGUCACCAUAGCAGAGAGCACCCCUCUCAGGACUAGCAUAGCACAAGUUACUGCCACAGAUGCAGAUAUUGGCUCCAAUGGAGAGUUUUACUUUUUUUUCAAGGAGAAAGUAGAUUUAUUUGCAGUACACCCAACCAGUGGAGUGGUUUACCUCAGUGGAAAACUCAACGUUGAUGAGCAGACUCUGUAUAAUUUAGAAAUACUUGCUGUGGAUCGUGGUAUGAAGCUAUAUGGAAACAACGGAGUCAGCAGCACAGCCAAGCUUUUCGUCCAUGUAGAGCGUCUGAAUGAGCAUGCCCCAGUCAUUAGUGCAGUCACACACCAUGAUUCAAAGCUAUACAAAAGCCUUGCGUAUGCCAUAGUCAACGUGGAUGACUCUGACGAGGGGGUAAAUGGGGAAAUUGAUUCAGUAAUCAUUGUAGACGGGGACCCUUUAGGGCAGUUCUUUUUAGAAAAAACUAAGGAAAAUGAGUAUGCUAUCAAAGCGACUGAAUCCAUAAACUGGGAGUCUUUCCCUUUUGGAUGCAACAUCACCUUGCAGGCAAAAGAUAGAGGAAUCCCACCAAAGCUGUCCACUUUCCCUGUCCACAUUUUUGCAAAGAAAGAGCAAAAAGUUGAAGCUAGCUUUGAGCAGGAGCUCUAUGAAAUUGCUAUUAAUGAGGUUUCACCCCCGAGGACAGUUGUGUGCGCCGUUAAAAUCAGGCCAGAGCAUGAAAAUGUUGAAUACAUCCUAAUGCCAUCUAAAGAUUUGGAUUUUUUUCAGAUCAAUACCUUCACAGGUGUAAUCUCCACUACCCGCUGGUUAACUAAAGUUUCUAAUAAUCUUUUUAAUUUGGAGGUAGUGGAAAUUAGCAGUGAUCUCAGAGUGAAAGUUCUAAUCACUAUCGAAGAUGCCAAUGAUAACACGCCAACAUUUUCCCAGUCCUCAUACGAAGUUUUCGUCAAUGAAAGUGUCCCAGUUGGAACCAAUGUUUUGACAGUUUCUGCAACGGAUGAGGACAGAGGGGAAAACGGUUACAUAACUUACAGCAUCUCCAGCCUUCAGCCAUUGCCCUUCAAAAUCGACCAGUUUUCUGGUGUUAUUAGCACUAGUUCUUUGUUAGAUUUUGAGUCCUCUACAGAGAUUUUUGUGUUUUUGGUCAGAGCAUCUGACUGGGGGUCACCUUACAGACGAGAGAGCGAAGUGAAUGUAACAAUUCACUUGGAAAAUGUCAACGAUAACCAACCAUUGUUUGAGAAAGUAGCAUGCCAGGGGGUGAUUUCUGCAGACUUCCCAGUAGGGGAAGUAAUAACCACCGUAUCUGCAAUUGACAUAGACGAGUUAGAGCUGGUGAAGUACAAGAUUCUGUCAGGGAAUGAGCAAAGGCUCUUUGACCUCAACCCUGAUUCAGGGGUCCUUACAUUGGGGCACCCUCUUACCUCAUUAGGUCCACAGAAAGGUGUCUUUAGUUUAAAAAUAACUGCCACAGAUGGUGAAAACCUUUCUGACCAUAUGUAUGUAAAUAUCUCAGUUGUUUAUGAAAAAUCUCUCCCUAAACAUUUAACUUGUAAAGACACAAGAGUGGCCCAAAUGUUAGCGGAAAAGUUACUCAGGAAGUCCAAAGCUAGUAACAAGCUAAAGGUGGAGGAAGGUUUUAUUGACCUUUUCUCUGCAAACCGCAAAACUCCCCAGUUUGGCAAAACGUUUCCCACCGACAUUGCUGUGAUGGAAGACUUGAAGAUUGGCUCGAGCGUUAUUAAAGUAAAUGCGUAUGAUGGUGACACUGGUUUCAAUGGUCAGGUUUUAUUCUCUUUUUCAGGUGGAAACACUGACAACUGCUUUAACAUUGACAUGCAGACUGGUCUCAUCAGUGUUUUCCUGCCCAUGGACAGAGAAAAGAGAGAUCACUAUCUUCUCAACAUAACUAUCUAUGACCUUGGCAUCCCACAGAAAAUGGCCUGGCGUUUACUCUCUAUUCACAUAGAGGAUGCAAAUGAUAAUGCACCCCAAUUUUUGCAAGAAGAUGGAUAUAAAAUUACCAUUCCCGAAAACAUGGCAAUAGGUACGGACAUCAUUCAAGUGGAGGCCACGGAUAAAGAUAUGGGACCCAAUGGGGAAGUUAUGUACUCUAUUUUGACGAGUACAACACCAUUUGGCAUAAACUCCACCACUGGGAUGGUGUAUGUUGCUGCCCAACUAGAUAGAGAGUUAACCUCCAGGUUUACCCUGAAAAUUGAAGCUCGGGACAGAGCAGACAAGGAGAGCCCCAAGUUUUCUGUAACUACUUUAGAAAUUAUAUUGGAAGAUGUAAAUGACUGUUCACCUUUAUUUAUUCCAAGUGUGUUCAAAGCCAGGGCUCUGGAGGAUCUCCCAGUAGGAACUGUUGUCGCUUGGCUUGAAACCCAUGAUCCAGAUCUGGGCUUGGGAGGCCAAGUUCGCUUCUCUCUAGUAAAUGACCACAAUGGGUGGUUUGAACUAGACAAAGCCAGCGGAGCCAUUCGUCUCACAAAGGAACUGGACUAUGAGACUCAGCAAUUCUACAACCUGACUGUGAAGGCCAAGGACAAGGGAAGGCCUGUAUCUCUUUUGUCUGUAACCUUUGUGGAGUUGGAGGUGAUAGAUGUCAAUGAAAACCUCUAUGCUCCAUAUUUUACCCACUUUGCAUUAACUGGAGUAGUUAAAGAAAAUGCUCGUAUUGGAACUACUUUACUUCAAGUCAGUGCUAAUGAUGACGACACAGGAAGAGAUGGAGAAAUUCAUUACUCCAUUCGUGAUGGAAGUGGCCUUGGACGAUUUUCCAUUGAUGAAGAAACAGGGGUGAUCUACACCACUGACAUUUUAGACCGCGAGACCAAGGAUUCUUAUUGGCUCACAGUGUAUGCCAGCGACCGUGGUGUGGUUCCUCAAUUCACGACUAUUGACGUGUUUGUCCAAGUGGAAGACAUCAACGACAAUGCCCCGUUAACAUCAGAGCCGCUUUACCGACCGUCCGUGCCCGAGAACUCCCCGCCAGACGUUUCUGUAAUCCAGAUCCAGGCCCAGGACCCUGACACCUCCCCUUCCACCUCCCUUCACUGGCUCAGCUACCAAAUUGUUAGUGGAAACCCACAGCAUUUCUUCAACAUGGACCCCCACAGUGGUCUGAUCACCACAACCUCUCAUAAACUGGACCGUGAGCUACAAACAGAGCAUGUUCUGGAGGUUGUAAUCUCAGAUGGUGGUCCCAACCCAAGGCAGAGUACUGUGUUGGUAAUCGUUCAGGUUCUAGACGAAAAUGACAACAAGCCCACCUUUCACGAAAAGGUUUACAAGGUCAAACUUCCGGAGAGGGAGCGCAGAAAGAAGGCGGAGCCUAUCUAUCGCGUGUUUGCUUAUGAUCUGGACGAGGGGCCCAACAGCGACAUCUCCUACAGUAUUGUUGAUGGAAACGAGGACGGCAAAUUUGUCAUCGACCCCAAGACAGGAACAGUACAGUCCCGCAGAGCCUUCCCCGCCGGUGGCUACGACAUCUUGACGAUUAAAGCAACAGACAACGGCCGUCCUCAGAAGUCCUCCACCGCUCGUCUGCACAUCGAAUGGAUCCCUCAGCCUCCUGCGUCCACUCAGCCACUGGUCUUCAGUGAAUCCUUCUAUAAUUUCACUGUCAUGGAGAACGACAAGGUGGCAGAAAUAGUGGGCGUGGUUUCCCUGCAGUGGAGUUCGGCUCCUGUGUGGUUUGACAUCAGAGGUUCCAGGUCUUUCCGUGAGAUGUUCUGUAUUCUGCAGAGCUCUUCUUGUGUCAACAACUGUUCCUCUGAAGGUGGAAACAGCAAUAGCGUGUUUGACGUGGAGAAGGCUGUGGGAACCAUCCUGAUCGCCAAACCUCUGGAUGCAGAACAACGUUCCUUCUACAAUCUGACUGUUUUGGCCACCGAUGGGACUCACACUGCAUACACACAGGUUCACAUCCUUGUUCUGGACAACAAUGACAACGAUCCUAUCUUCUCCCAACAAGCCUAUGAGGUCACCAUCUCUGAAGAUACACCAACUGACACUGAGGUUCUGCAGAUAGUGGCCUCAGACCGUGACGAGCACAAUGAGCUCACCUAUUCUCUCCAAAGCUCCAUCGACCCCAACAGUAUGCGUCUGUUCCGCAUCCACCCCACACUGGGUACCAUCUUCACUACUCAGAGACUGGACCAUGAGGCCUGUGCCCAGCACAUCCUCACUGUCCUCGUGAAAGACCAGGAUUUUCCUUACAGGAAGAACUUAGCUCGCGUUCUAAUAGAAGUGGAGGACAUAAAUGAUCAUGUACCCAUUUUUACCAGUCCCCUCUAUGAAGGCUCAGUCUAUGAGUCAGCAGCAAAGGGCUCAGCAGUAGUUCAGGUCACUGCUCUGGACAAAGACAAAGGCAAAAAUGCUGAGUUACGCUAUUCCAUUGAGGCAGGGAAUACUGGAAACACAUUCCGGAUUGAGCCUGUCUUGGGUAUCAUUAGUGUGGCACACAACUUGGACUUGACCAAUGUAGGCCACUAUGUUGUGACUGUCAGAGUUACUGACAAUGGUGUCCCUCCUCUGUCCACAAACACAGUAGUGCGUAUUGCAGUCACUUUAUCUGACAACACUGGUCCAAAGUUUCCUCAGCCCGAGUAUCAGACAGAGGUCUCAGAGAAUGCCCUGAUUGGGACAUCCAUCACCACAGUCAGCGCUUUCAGUCAGUCUACGCUUAUUUACGACAUCAAGCAGGGCAAUGCUGAACAUGUUUUUCAGAUAAAUCAGUAUAGUGGAGUCAUUACUAAUCAGAAGGCUCUAGACUAUGAGACCACAGAGUCUUAUACCUUGAUAGUACAAGCGGUAAAUAUGGCUGGUAUGGCAUCCAAUGCUACUUUAUUAAUCCAGAUACUGGAUGAAAAUGAUAAUCCUCCAGUGUUCCUGCAGCAUCACUACUAUGGCAGCAUCAGUGAAGUGGCACCAGUCAAAAGUGUGGUCUUGAACUUGCAUGGCUUACCCCUUGUAAUCAGAGCCACUGAUCCCGACCACAACCAAAAUGCUUUGCUGGUCUACGAGAUUGUUGAGAACACUGCAAAAAAGGUUUUCACGGUGGACUCUGGGACGGGAUCCAUUAGAACCAUUGCUAAUCUAGAUCAUGAAACUUUCCCCAUCUUCAUCUUCCAUGUUCAAGUGAGAGACAGUGGUAGGCCACAACUGACAGCAGACAGUCCGACUGAGGUCACCAUACAAGUGAUUGACUCAAAUGAUUCACCACCUCACUUCACCCAAAGUGCCUAUGAAGCUGUGCUACUUCUCCCCACCUAUUUUGGGGUUGAAGCUUUGCAAGUGUCAGCCAUAGACCCUGACAAAGAUGUAGCCACAGAGCUCACUUUCUCUCUAGUUGAUGGAUCACUGGAACAUUUUGACAUCAAUCCUACCAGUGGAAUAAUUGUCGUCAAAAACAUCAACUUCUCCAAAGAGCUUUUUCGUUUCACUGUCCAAGUUUCUGAUGGAAAAUUCUCCAGUUCUGCUUUGGUGACUUUAAAUGUUCAAGAAGCCCUUGACUCUGGCCUCAGUUUUACUCACAACAUUUACUACUCCUCUAUUAAAGAAAAUCUACCAAAUAUCACCAAAGUUGCUGUGGUCAGUGCUGUGGGGAACCACCUCAAUGAGCCACUAAAAUACAGCCUGCUAAAUGCUGGUACACAUUUUAGAAUUCGUCCAACAUCUGGUGUCAUUCAAACCACAGGAAUACCUUUUGACCGUGAAGAACAAGAGUUUUAUGAACUGAUAGCAGAAGCAAAAAGGGAACAUGACCAUCGGCAUGUGGCUAGAGUUGUAGUUAAAGUUCAAGUUGAAGACAUAAAUGACAAUUUUCCUGUUUUUGUUGGACUUCCUUAUUAUGCAGUUGUUCAAGUGGAUGCUGAACAAGGGUCACAUAUAUUCACAGUCAUUGCAGUGGAUGGGGACAAAGGGGUUAAUGGAGAAGUGACUUAUCAUCUAAAGUAUGACCAUGACCACUUUGAGAUUAACCAGAAGACUGGAAUUAUCAGCCUUAAAAAGUCUUUCGAGUCAGAUUUGUCUAAUGCAGAAUACCAGAUUGUGAUAUAUGCUAAAGAUGGGGGUGAUGAACCUCUCUCAUCUACAGUAGAGUUUCCCAUCACUGUGGUCAACAAAGCCAUGCCUGUCUUUGACAAAUCAUUUUAUUCUGUUUACGUGAAUGAAGAUGUGGAAGUUUAUACACCUAUCAUCAGCAUUAAUUCAACCAGUCCUGAAGGUCAGAAGAUCAUUUACACUAUAGUUGAUGGUGAUCCAUCUCUUCAGUUUGAUAUAGGGUUCGAUACAGGAGUCAUAAGUGUCAUCCACUGUUUGGACUAUGAGGUAACAUCAUCGUACCACCUCACUGUUAGAGCCACAGACUACUUGACUGGUGCCCAUGCUGAGGUUGAUUUAGGUGUUUUUAUUCAGGACAUAAAUGAUAACCCUCCUAUAUUUCAGAAGAUGUCUUACAGUGUUAGUCUGUCUGAAACAGCCAUGAUUGGUACUCCUGUUCUUCAAGUUAUUGCCUCUGACCAAGACUCAGAGAAGAACAACAUCAUUCGCUACCAGAUAUUUUCCCAACUGCACAACAGCACAGACUAUUUUCACAUAGAUAGUAGCAGCGGAUUAAUUCUGACAGCUCGGAUGCUGGACCAUGAACUAGCCCAUAAUUAUUACUUUGUUGUGAGGGCCACUGAUAACGGUUAUCCAGCAUUAAGUAGUGAAGUAACAGUGACCGUUACAUUGAAUGACAUGAAUGAUAAUGCACCAGUUUUCAACCAGCUGCUUUACGAGGCUUAUGUGAGUGAGUUAGCACCCAGGGGUCACUUUAUAACUUGUGUCCAAGCUUCUGAUGCUGACAGUUCAGAUUUUGAUAAGUUGGAGUAUAGUAUUUUGUCGGGAAAUGAGAGAAUGCAUUUUGUGCUAGAAAAAAGUACAGGAAUCCUUGCCUUGUCUAGCCACCGAAAGCAGAAAAUGGAUCCAACCUAUAGCCUCAAUGUUUCAGUCUCGGAUGGGGUCUUCACAAGUACUGCUCAGGUUCAUAUUAAAGUGUUGGGAGCCAACCUGCACAGUCCAGUGUUUGAACGGAGUGUAUACGAGGCAGAGUUGAGAGAGAAUGCUGCGGUGGGAACCACAGUGAUUCAGGUAAAGGCAACUGACAAAGACCAGGAACCAUUUGGCCACAUUACUUAUUCCUUUGCUAAUGAUGUGGGGAGUGACCAGUUUAGUAUUGAUUCAAAUGGUUAUAUCUGUACAGUAGAAAAGCUUGAUCGCGAGGAUCCAGCAAACAGGGACAUUCUUCUUAUUGUGGCAGCUCAAGAUUUGGGCGGACGUGUGUCUUAUUGCACAGUACAGAUUACUCUGUUAGACGACAACGACAAUUCCCCUUCCUUUGUUGCCACAGAAUACCAAGCAUCUCUAAAGCAUGAUGUGACUAAAGGGUUUUUGGUGACGCAGCUACAGGCUCAUGAUCUAGAUGAUGGCAGCAAUGCAAAGGUGAGAUAUUCACUAUAUAGUGAGGCUCGCGUCCCUGUAGUGGACAUUUUGGAAAUAGACCCAGAUAAUGGUUGGAUGGUGACAAAAGGCAGCUUCAGCCAUUUAAGGAACUCUGUGCUAUCAUUUUUUGUUAAGGCCGUUGAUGGAGGAAUUCCAGCGCGACAUUCUCUAGUUCCUGUCUACAUCCAUGUUCUCUCCUCUGAGGCUUUCAUUCCAUUUUUCAGUCAGCACCAUUACUCAUUCAACAUACCGGAGAACACACCCAUAGGUUCGGUCAUAGGAACAGUUCGCGUCAGCAUUCCUCCAGAAUAUUCUUCACUGACUGCUACCUUUGCCACAGCCAAUGGAGAAAGUGGUGAAAACAAUCGAGAAAUGGUCUUUUUGGUGGAGAAAGACACAGGAGUCAUAAAGCUUGAUAAAGCCUUGGACCAUGAAGCGAUUAAAGAAUUUUACUUCAAAGUCACUGCCACAGUGAAGCAGGCAAAGCUGGAUUCUAUGACUUCUGCAAAUGUUAAAGUCAAUGUUUUUGACAUAAAUGACAACAGACCAGCUUUUGAGACAAACUCUUAUGUUGCUACUGUAAUGGAGGGAACGGCAGUUGGAACCAAAGUCAUUCGAGUUCAAGCAUCAGACCCAGACUCUGGAGCCAAUGGCCAAGUGACAUACAGACUUGGAUCAUUAAUUAAAUCAAAAGGGAAUUCUGAGCCAUUAUCUGACAUAUUCAACAUUGACAGUAACAGCGGUUGGAUCUUCAUAAGAACGGACCUCGACCACGAGACUAGUCCAUUUUAUACCUUCACAGUGGUGGCCUUGGAUCAUGGGGAGGUCCUGUCUCUGUCCAGUACCACUACAGUGACGGUCACAGUGUCGGAUGUCAAUGACAAUGCCCCCGUAUUUACUGAAACCCACUACAUUGGUACGGUUCGAGAGAGUGACCCCCCUGGUGAGGUGGUGGCCGUACUAAACACAAGAGAUGAAGACAGCUCUGUUGUUAAUCAACACAUCAGCAUCCACAUCACUGGUGGGAAUGAUCGUGGUGUGUUUGCACUCCGUCUAGUUCAGGGGGAAUGGAAGAUGUAUGUAAAGGGUCCACUGGAUCGGGAGAAACGCAACUUCUAUUUAAUCAACAUCACUGCCACAGAUGGACUUUUUGUUUCUCAAACCAAAGUGGAGGUGACAGUGAUGGAUGCCAAUGACAACAGCCCCGAUUGUGACCAGGCAGUGUACACUGCCAGUAUUCCAGAGGACCUUCCAGUGCACAGUUUGCUGCUAACUGUUGGAGCAACAGAUGCAGAUGUGGGAGUAAAUGCUCAGAUCCAGUACUCUCUUCAUGGUUCUGGGUCACAGGACUUUAGUAUAGACCCAGACACUGGGGAGGUGAAAUCUUUGGUGACCUUGGACCACGAGAAGACACCCAGUUACAGGCUAGUUGUGCAGGCCAUGGAUGGUGGUGGGCAGUGGUGUAGCGCUGAGAUCCAACUGGUGGUGACGGAUGUGAAUGACAACCCACCAAUUUUUACUAUGCCACAGUAUACUGCCAAUGUAUAUGAGAAUACUAUCCCCAAGGCACUGCUCACUCGCAUUCAGGCCAUAGAUCCUGAUGAAGCAGGACCAGGUCGGAUGGUGGUUUAUUCCCUGACAGACUCAGCAGGAGGCCUUUUCUCCAUUGACCAUGUCUCCGGUGUUGUCAUCCUGGAGCACACCUUGGACCGUGAAGUUCAGUCAACCUAUCAGAUAACAGUUUGUGCGUCAGAUCAGGGCUCCCCACUGCCUCUUUACUCUCUGGUCAACGUGACAAUAACAGUGCUGGAUAUCAACGACAAUCAUCCCAUAUUUGAGCAUCGAGACCAAUUGACAACAGUGCCAGAAGACGUGAGAGUCGGCACAGAGGUUUUGAGAGUGUAUGCCGCCAGCAAGGACAUUGGAACGAACGCUGAGAUCACCUACACUAUACGAUCAGGCAACGAACACAGGAGGUUUCAUGUCCAUCCUCAUUCUGGUGCCAUCAUCGUCGCUCAGCCUCUGGACUAUGAGACCUGCAGGGACUACUUCCUGACAGUGGAGGCUCGUGACGGCGGCACACCCCCCCUGAGUGCAGUUACAACGGUUAACAUCAACCUGACAGACGUGAACGACAAUGCGCCCAUGUUUAGCCGUGACCUGUACACUGCCUUUGUGUCAGAGGACGCUUUUAUUGGCGAGUUUGUUGUGCAGCUGGUGGCAGAGGACAGCGACAGUCACCUGAACGGAGCUGUUCUGUACUCCGUAGUCAGUGGAGACCAAGGGAGCCAAUUCUUCAUUGAUCCGAUAAAUGGCGUCAUCAAAGUCAACAAACCCCUGGAUCGUGAAACAAUUCCCAGCUUCUCACUGACCAUCAGAGCUUUGGACAGUGGAGUCCCACCGAUGUCCUCCACCGCGCUGGUCAACAUCGACGUCUCUGAUGUGAACGAUAACCCCCCAACCUUCUCCUCAGCCAACCUCACCGCCGUCAUUCAGGAAAACAAGCCAAUUGGCACUACCAUCCUGCAGCUGUCCGUCAUCGAUCGGGACUCCUCUCGGAACGGUCCGCCUUUUUCCUUCCAAAUCCUGUCUGGAAAUGAAGGCAGAGAGUUUGUGCUGAAGGAAGAUGGAACUCUUACUGCCAACCAGGUGUUUAAAAGAGAGUUUGCAACGGAAUACAUCAUUCAGAUUCAGGUGUCAGACUCCGGAAAGCCCAGCUUGUCUUCCUCCACGAUGCUGACUGUUGCGGUGAUCGAGGAGAGCCUCAACCGACCAGUGGCGCUGCCGCUGGAGAUCCACGUGGUCACAAUGGAGGACGAGUUUCCUGGUGGCGUCAUCGGUCAGCUCCACGCUACUGACGCCGACCCCUAUGACGCUUUGACGUUCGGACACGCCCCUCAAGCCCAGCACGGCCUGUUUAAGAUCAGCCCCCAUGAUGGGAGGAUCAUUGCUCUGGGGGGGCUGGAUGCUGGCAGUUACUCGCUCAACGUGACUGUAAGCGAUGGGCGCUUCGUCGUGCCCGUUUCUGUGAGUGUGCACGUGAAGCAGGUGAUGCCUGAGAUGCUUCAUGACGCGGUGACGGUGCGCUUCGAGAGCAUCACACCGUCCGACUUUGUGGCGUCGCACCUUAAGGGAAUAUUGAAGGUUCUGCGGGAGGCAGCCACCUCUCAGCCCCAGGACGUUUUGCACCUCCUGAGUCUGCAGCCAGUGGGCGGGACCCAACAGCUGGAUAUGCUGGUUGCCGUGGAAACAGCAGCAGGCGGAUACUAUAAGGCGGCCUACCUGACGCAGAAGCUCAGCACGUCUCGGCAAAAGCUGGAGGAGGUGGUCCGGGUGUCUGCGAUUCUGGACAAGAACUGCUCUGGGCUAGAGUGUCGGGGUGCACAGUGUGAGCAGAGCAUCAGCCUGGAUUCCCACAACCUGCAGACCUACAGCACUCCACGCCUCAGUUUUGUGUCGCCGCACUUCCACCGGAGCUUACGCUGCAUGUGUGACGAUGCCAGCUGUGCUGUUGUCUCAGAACAGUGCGAGGACCACCUGUGUCCAGCCGACAUGCACUGCGUUUCAGUUGAAGCCACCAGAGGGCGCUACGCAUGCCAAUGUCCAUCAGGCAAACUGGGAGACUGUGCAGGCCACUCGUCUCUGAGUUUCUCAGGCAACAGCUACAUAAAGUACAGAUUGUCGGAGCGGCUGCAGACCGAGCUGAAGCUUUCCUUAAGGAUCCGGACACUUCAGAGCCACGGAAUCAUCAUGUCCAUGCACACCGAGCACUGCAUCCUCCUGAAGCUGGUGGAUGGGAAGCUGUGGUUCCAGCUGGCCUGUGGUCUUGGGGCUGGCGGUUCCAGUCCGGACAUUCUGGGCCUCUCUGGUCAUCGUAUCAAUGAUGGAAACUGGCACACGGUGGCGCUGGAGAUGAAUCGCAACUUCAGCCGGCUGGCACUGGACAACAGCUUCAUUGAGCAGCGCCACGCACCAUCACUGAUGCAAACGCAUUUUCAGGAGAGAACGAUCUACCUGGGAGCGCUGGUGCAGCCGCCAAACUCCCGUAGCCUAGUGGACUCCCAGAGGGACUUGCGGGUCCAUGAUGGUUUCCAAGGCUGCCUGGACUUGGUCACGCUCAACGACAAUGAGCUGCCUCUGCAGAGCAAGCGCUCGCUGUACGCUGAGGUGGUGGAGCUGACGGAGCUGAAGCUGGGCUGCGUCCUCUAUCCUGACCCAUGCCUGCAUCAGCCCUGCCACAACGGAGCCACAUGCAACAGUCUGCCAUCUGGUGGCUUUUCCUGCAGCUGCAGUCAUCAAUUCACUGGAGGAAACUGUGAGAUGAAGAAGACGGUGUGCGUCCCUAACCCGUGUCAGAACAGUGGAGUGUGUAAACCUAUCGGGAACGCGUUCCUCUGCAGCUGUAGGAGAGGCUUCCGGGGCCUGGUGUGUGAGGAAGAUGUGAACGAAUGUGACCGAAACAACCCCGAGGGGGAGUGUGAGAAUGGAGGCACCUGCGUCAACACCCCCGGCUCCUUCUACUGCAACUGCACCCCCGGGUUUGUGGGCCAGCGCUGCAGCCUGCGGCCUGUCGUCGUCCCCGACAUGCAGGCCGGACACGCUGUGGUUGGCAAGGAGGAGCUGAUUGGCAUCACCGUGGUGCUGUUUGUCAUCAUCGUCUUCGUCAUCCUCUUCAUCGCUUUCCGCAAGAAAGUUUUCCAGAAGAACUACUCGAGGAGCAACCUCUCUCUGGUGCAGGACCCGGCCACUGCGGCCCUGCUCAACAAGGCCAGCUGUGUUCAGUUCAAAGGUCUCCACUGCACGCCUGGAGAUAACAUCAACCUGUAUUCCGAGCCAACUAUAGAACCAACUAUAGUGGGAGGGGUUGGGGUAAUGGGCCCCCCACAGGUUCCUGUGAGACCUAUGGGAUACACGCCCUGCUUUCAAGGAGAUCCGCUGUCCAAACUGGAGAGGAUGUCUGAGGAGCAUUUCCGAGAACAUCUGGAGAUGAGCAGCUUCCAGCAGGAGUCUCCGAAAAUCCUCUCGGGAACCAACAAGAGGGGGGUGGUGGUGUGCAGCGUGGCUCCCAACCUUCCUCCGGUGUCUCCGUGUCGCUCAGACUGUGACUCCAUCCACAAAAGCUCUGUGGCGAGCGAUGACGGUAAGAUGACGGACAUGGCGGAAGAAGAGACGUGUUUCUCAGGCAGCAACAAAGGCCAAAGCUCUGAGGCCCAAUCGCUGAGUUCCUUUCAGUCGGACUCCUGCGAUGACAACGCAUCCAUUGUGACUGUCAUUCGACUGGUCAAUGAUGCAGUCAACUCAAUCGAAAGUGAAGUGUCUGUUAUGAAUCAAGAUGAAAUCUACAACAGAGCAUAUCACUGGGACACAUCCGAUUGGAUGCCAAGCACAAGGCUGUCAGACAUCGAAGAAGACCAAAACUACGAGAUGGGUCCCGCCGGUGGUCCAGUAGCUCUGUCUCCUUGCCUUGAAGGAGGAACCCAUGAACUGGAGUCAGACUACUACCUGGGAGGUUAUGAUAUCGACAGCGACUACCCCCCUCCUCAUGAGGAAGAGUUCUUAUGUCCAGAACAAAUGCCCCCUCCACUGCCCACUGGGGAGGAUUACCCUGAGCCCUACACACCACUGCUGGCCAGUCGACCUGCCUCCAAGGAGACUGCACUGAGCUCCAGUAGCACAAGGCAUCAGACUGUGAGGCCACACUUCCACCCUAGUCAGUACCUGCCUUCCCACCAGCUACCCACUGGAGAAGUUCUCCAUGGUGACUUAAGCCCUACAGUCGGUGCAGGAACCCCAGUAAACGGGGACAGUGCAGAUUCUUUGUGGAAAAACACUCACCUGUCAGGUGGAACUUCGUCAGCCUCGGACAUAUCUGGCCCGUGCGGCUUGGACUCUGAACAUGGCAGCGUUGGAAGCAUGGAGGAACUCCGCCGGGGGGUGACUAUUACGACAGACUCCCAGCAACAGACUGAAGUAUGACUGCCUCAGUUCCGUUGCCAGGACACCUUUUCUCUGCACCACUGGAUCCAAAUAUAAGCAAUGGCGGAAGGUUGUAGGCCACAUGUAAGCCUCGUUUGGUGUUUCAGAGACCAUCGUCCAAUGAGUUUUAGUCCUGCAUGUGUUGGAAAGGUUUACAAUAUUACAACCAUCAAAUUUAUUGUUGUCAAGUGUGGCCUCUACUAUUUUCUGACUCUGAUUUGCUUGUAAGACUUUGAUAACCAAUGAGAAACCAACCCAGAACACCCUCAUCUAUUUAUUGAUCCAGUGCAGAUGAAGAUGAAACAAAAAUAGACCAUCUUUGUGUGCAGCAAAGAUUAAAAAAGGAUUUUCUUCAAGAACCUCCCAAAAGAUGUAAAUUGACACCUUCUUUUUCUAUUUAAUAAUACCUCUUCUCUAUUCUUUAAAAUGUGGAAUGUAAUGUGGGGGGGCGCAGUUCUUGAAGGUUUUGGUAAGGCAAAAAUUGGAGUUCAUUCUUUUAACAUUACACUGCCAUCUCCCUGACAUGACGCCCAUGAAGUGUCAUGAAGAAGCCUCAUCCAUUCUACAAGACGGUAAAGAAAGACAGUUAUGUUUGCUCAGCAUUUACCCAACAGAAAAAUACUAAUAAUGAAAUGUAGGAUAUCUGAUCUACCUUAAGAAAAGGGCUUUUUGGCUUUUUUAUGUCCUUUUGAAUUGUUUUGUGUGUACAUAAAAUGUUUGACAAGAUAACUGAGCAGAACAAACUAUGUAUUGAAUCUGGAUCUACGAUUACAACCUUUCUAAAAUUCCAAUUGAAGCAAACACUUUUUAGUAUCAAUGAAUUUAAGUGAUCUGACUUUUUACUUGCAAUAACUUGAAUUAUUAUUUUUUCUUCUGUGUAGCAUCCUCGCCAUGGUUAAGGCAGAGGCGUUAAGGCAGAAUAAAGUAACGAAGGACAUCGAUGGCUUUGUUUUUAUUUGGGCAGAGACAACUGUCUUUACUUUUGCGUUGUAUGGAAAUCCAAGGCAAGCCCCAGCCCUCUGUAAAUAAUGUUUAUUUGAAUUUAACCAUUUAUAGAAACUCAAAAGCUUGUGAUUAAAAUGAUCAUUUUGUAAAUAUGAAAUUGCAAUCCAUAAAUGUUUAUUUUUACUUUGAUGUGACUCUGAAGAGUACAGUUUUGUCUGCAUUAUUUCUUUUCUGCAUUUUCUUUAGAUAACAGUUGUUUCUAAGCUUUUCUUAUUGGCAUUUCAGCCUUUUAAGAAAUAUGUGCACAAAAUGAAACCCCAACAUCCCAGCUGUUACUUUAUUUUGUCAAACUACACUGAAAGCAAUGAGAACUGCUUUGAACCUUCUUUCCAACUUGAAUGUUUUUCCUCUGGAUUUUUACAAAGACAGGCAGUGUGAACUAAACUGCACUAAUCUAAAGAAAUUGAAGAUGAUACAGUUUCACAAUUUUGUACUUCGUGUUUACAAAGUAGCUGUGUAUUACAUGACACUUCUGUAUUCUAAUAAAACAAGAGAAAAGCA